AUGACGGGGAAGACAAUACAAAGCGGCACGAAGCAGGCACCGAUUUACUCGAUGAAGCCCCGACAAACCCGGGGACACUUUAGCGAGGACUUAGCCAAGGCCCCCGGUCCCGGGACCUACAACACUAUCGAACCCGGUAUGUACAAAAAUAGGGCCCCAAUAUACAGUAUGACAGCACGCAAUGCCAUGCCUGGGGAUAGCACACAGAAACCCGGCCCCGGGGCUCACUCUCCUGAGGUGGUCAGGAUCAACAAGCGGGCAGCUCCAAACUUCAGCUUUGGGAUUCACCACUCCCCCUACAUUGCACCCCUCAUUGUGGAGGCGGAGUAG